CGGCGCUGCAAGGAAGUUUCCAGAGCUUUCGAGGAAGGUUUCUUUAACUCGAAUUCAUCCGCCCUAUAAUUUGCUUAUAUUUUCCCAAAGAAGGAAGAGAAGCGCAUAGAAAAGAAGGGACAUAAUUUGUUAGGAUCCUUCCUUACGGCUAUGAGGAAUUUGUGGCUCAGUUGAAAAGCCUAAACUACGUCUCGGGAUGUUGGGCGCGGCGAACUACUUUCAGCGGCGCACGGAGACGGCGUCUACGUAAGAAGUGAUAAGUGACGCAACACACGUUGCAUAAAUUUGCGCUCCGCCAAACGGGAGCAUUCAGGGGCGGCUGGCUUUGUUGGCUGUGCUUGUUUUGGUGUCUCUGCGGCUGACCGGGAUUGGUGAUUCGCAGCAUCCUCGUAACCGCUAACAGGUCAGAAUGCAGAUCUUCGUGAAGACCCUGACCGGCAAGACCAUCACCCUGGAGGUGGAGCCCAGUGACACCAUCGAAAAUGUGAAGGCCAAAAUCCAGGAUAAGGAAGGCAUUCCCCCCGACCAGCAGAGGCUCAUUUUUGCAGGCAAGCAGCUGGAAGAUGGCCGCACUCUUUCUGACUACAACAUCCAGAAGGAGUCGACCCUGCACCUGGUCCUGCGUCUGAGAGGUGGUAUGCAGAUCUUCGUGAAGACCCUGACCGGCAAGACCAUCACCCUGGAGGUGGAGCCCAGUGACACCAUCGAAAAUGUGAAGGCCAAGAUCCAGGAUAAAGAAGGCAUCCCCCCCGACCAGCAGAGGCUCAUCUUUGCAGGCAAGCAGCUGGAAGAUGGCCGCACUCUUUCUGACUACAACAUCCAGAAGGAGUCGACCCUGCACCUGGUCCUGCGCCUGAGGGGUGGCUGUUAAUUCUUAAGUCUUGCAUUUGCAGUGCCCAUUGAUGGCAUUACUCUGCACUAUAGCCAUUUGCCCCAACUUAAGUUUAGAAAUUACAAGUUUCAGUAAUAGCUGAACCUGUUCAAAAUGUUAAUAAAGGUUUUGUUGCAUGGUAGCA